AUGAAAAGUAGUCCCGCCUCCUGUGUUUUGGUGCGCCGAGGAAUCACGUGACAUGCCUAUAUUCUUGUUUUGCUCAUCUCAUUUCCUACACAGUCUCCGAAAUUCUCAAUACCGCCGUAAAAAUGGUGACACCGGAGAACUUGUCCGGCGAGACAGGUGCUCAAAGGGAGCCCAAAUUUGACCGGGAUGCGUCCACUACGGCCGUGGACACAGCAAUCGUGCUUCUCGGAGCCGGGGUGACAGCGAUCACACACCCGCUGCUGUACGUCAAACUGCUAAUUCAGAUUGGACAUGAGCCCCUCACCCCAACUGUCGGAACCACCAUGUUUGGGAGGAAAGUGUUGUACCUCCCUGGAUUCUUCUCCUAUGCACAGCACAUCAUAAGGGUGGAUGGAAAGAGGGGACUCUUCCGAGGUCUGUCCCCUCGUAUUAUGUCCAGUGCCAUCUCUACCAUGGUCCGGAGUAAAGUCAAACAGACCAUUCCAGCAGAGGAGGUAGAGAAUGUAUCUGACAGAGAUGACUUGAACACCUCCCUCAGGAAAGUGGUCAAAGAGACCUCACAUGAGAUGGUCAUCCAGUGCCUGUCCAGGAUAGCCACUCAUCCCUUCCAUGUGAUCUCAGUGCGCUGCAUGGCCCAGUUUGUGGGGAGAGAGAUCAAGUACAGGGGGUUGUUCAGCUGCAUAGCCAACAUCUUCAAGGAGGAGGGCGUUGGGGGAUUCUUUGCGGGGGUUGUGCCCCAUGUCCUGGGUGAGGUCAUCUUCCUGUGGUGUUGUAACCUCCUGGCCCACUUCAUCAACACCUACGCAGUGGACAACAAUUUCAGCCAAGCCCCAGCAGUGAGAAGCUACACUAAGUUUGUGAUGGGGAUUGCAGUGAGUGUGUUGACAUACCCAUUUAUGCUGGUGGCAGACCUGAUGGCAGUCAACAACUGUGGCUUAGUGGCUGGUGUUCCCCCUAACUCUCCCAUCUUCAAGUCCUGGGUGUGCUGUUGGGCUCACCUGAGCCAUGAGGGCCAUCUCUUCCGAGGAUCCAGCUUCUUCUUCCGCCGCGUACCUGUGAAAGCGAUGGCCUUGACUGAGGAGUGAUGUCAUCAACCGCCGCACAACCUGUGCCACUGUUCUCCCUCCUAACUGGUACCUCAGUGAGACCAACGUACAGCCCACCAAGUCAAACCUUCCCCUCACCUUAAACACCCUGGUGGGUACAGCAGGAGCAGCAAGAUAUCAAUGGGCUUGGUGAUCUACUGAUCUUUUUUUUUGCUGAAUCAAAGUUACUUACAAAAUAAGUUGUUUUGUUAAUUUGGUUUUUAAUCUUAAGUAUUAGUGUAGCCACUCAAAAGUAAGAGGUUGGAGAAUUAAUGUGAGCAAAUCAAAAUGCUAUCCAAUAGAUGUCCUCUUGGUUGAAUGCUGAGAGUAUAAUCUCCUUUUACUAUCCCAGCCUAAAGUUGCACAAUUCUUUUUUAUUUUUUCAAUUCAAAUCUAUCACUUAAUUUAGCCAUGUAUUUAUUUUUAUAUACAGUUUAAUUAAGUUCUAUGUAAGCUUUGGAAUUGGAUAGUUGAUAACAUCAUCUAUUGAAAUAUGCCAAAUGUUUAUUUUUCAAAUGAUCUUCUUCCCAGAAGCAUGAUAAGUGUUGUUGCAUUCAAAGGGGAUCCUUUGUCUCCUAUCAGAAGUGCUUUAACCAAGAAUUAUACCUAUUCAGAAACAUCAUAAACCCACAAUAACUGGAGUACUCUCCUUUCAACCAUAAGAUUAAUUAGACAACUGGUUUCUCGCAAAUUCUUACAAAUUGCAGCUCUAGUGUUUGCCUGCCAUGAGGAGUAUGAAACGGGAGGAAUUCAGAGGGCAACCAGUGGUUUUCAGUGAUGUCUAAAAACUAAGCCUGCCAUCCAAAAAAGGUUUUCUCUGUGGCCAUAUUGACAACUGUCCUUUAAUGUAUAAUAUAUCAAAUAAGUGAUAUAUCUAACUGGUGCAAAAUUAUGGGUAUGUUUGUGUUACCAAUGACAAAGAAAUGCUAAAUUAUGUGAUGACAAUGGCUGAGCAUAUUAUGCAUAUUACGAUACAUUUUGCAUUCAGGCUAAGGGUGUGUGCCUGAUCUUUGAACCAACCAUUUCUGUUUGAGUUCCUUUUUGACUGCAGGUGAAGAUCCCAAUUAACCUGAUAGUUUACAGUUAACCACUUGUAGUAGCAUAUAAAUAAAAGGAAUCACCUUACCUCCUCGUUAACAUGAUCAUAUUGUGUCUCCCCCUGCCCCCAUGAUCAGUGUUAACCACAAAAUGAUCUUGACCGGGUUUGGUAUAGGCUGUUUUUGUCCUUAUUCCAGAUGUUUUUGUUGCAAUGGAUUGCUCUAAUCAUGUCUACUUGAAAUAAUGUGUGGAAAAAAGCUUGCAGAAGAGACCUGCUUUGCCAAGUGUGUGAGUGGGUUUAUGAUGUGUGCAUCUUUAUACCAUGUAAUUGAGAAUAUGAUGCCCAGUGCUGUAAUCUUUCUGUAUGUUUUUUUUUCUCAAAAUGUCAUGAGCAUUCACUCUCGUGUGUGUGUGUGUGUGUGUGUUCCAGCCAAACAUUCCCUGUAAACUGUGAUCUCCGAAAGAGGGAGAAGCAAUGGCGAGGCAGUUGCUUUGCGACCUUGCAUUUCCGAUGUCUAUUUUCCUGAAAUAAUAUGAAAGCUGGCAUUCUUGUCUAGUCUACAGUAUCUGUGUUAGGUUUAAAAACAAUCCUUUGAUCUGGUUUUAUAUUUUAAAAAAUGAAAUUACAUGGAUGAUG